AUGGAGGUGUGUGUGGAGGCGGUGACGUCACCCGUGCGUCUGGGCGAGGGUCCUCACUGGGAUGAGGAGGAGCAGGCGUUAUAUUUCGUGAGCAUAUUCGACCGCACCAUACACAAGUACCUGCCCGCUGACAACACGCACACCACCGCAACACUAGAUGGUAUGCCGACGUUCAUAAUACCGGUGGAGGGUAAAAAGCACCACUUCGUAGUGGGCCUGGACAGGAGAGUGGUGGAGGUUCACUGGUCUGGGGAACAUGACGCCGCGACAGUACUGCGGACCAUCGCGACCGUGGACGAGCACAGUCCUGACAACAGGCUCAAUGAUGCUAAAGCUGAUCCUAGGGGCAGGCUAUUUGCUGGUAACCCGCGGUUGAUCUUCAAAUACUCUGAUCACGGCUUGAAGGGCAUAGUGGACGGCAUGACCAUAGACACGGACGGCAAUCUGUGGGUCGCCAACUUCGAUAACUACCAGGUGAUCAAAAUAGACCCUCGAGCGGGCGAGAUAUUGCAGACGGUGCGGAUGCCGGCGCUGCAGGUGACGUCGGCCACGUGGGGGGGGCGGGGGCGGGGGCAGCUCUACGUCACCAGCGCGGCGCUGCAGCGCGCCCCCGCCCCCGCGCCCCCCGCGCCCCCCGCCGGCGCCACCUUCCGCGUGUCCGGCCUGGGCGCGCGCGGCCACGGCAACGCUAACGUCAGACUGGACUGA